AUGCUCCUUUCUCUGUUUUCGCUGGGUUUGGCUGAAGAUACCACUACUGAUAGUUACAAUGAGCAGUUUAACACAAUAGAACCAAAACCAUCAGUCCGUUUGGACCCAUACAUACGAAAGGCCCUACUAAAAGCUCUCAGCGAACUUGAAGAGUCCACCACAGGAACUGAACUUCUUGAUGGAACCACUGGCUUGGAUUCAGAUGCUACUACCGGAGAAGAAGCUCCUGAAGCACGGACAGAUAAAGAAGGAAUACAGAUUCAUUCAUUUAUAGUCAACGGACAGGCCGCUUUUUCCAGCAAUGCUACCAAUGUACCCACCAUAGUUGAUAACAAUAUAUCUAUACUGAGUACUACGGCCGGUAAUGUAGAAAGUCAAGUCACAGCGACCUUACCAACAUCGGCUCCAUUUCCUGAAAUAUUUCAAACAAAAGAAGGGGACAGUAAUUUAUUACAAACACGAAGCAUAGCCAGUGGUUCUAAAUCAAACAAUGAAAACAGUGCUAACACCAAAAAGCCAACCACGACAACAACGACAACAACCACUACAACAACUACAACGACCACCACUCCGAAACCGACCCACAACGAAGAUGGAGAAAAUAUUGAAGAAGUCGACAAACGUGACGUUCAAGUAUAUCAAGCUCCUUUAGUCGCGGCUUUUACUGUUCAUCAGGAUCCACAAGGUUUGCCGAAAAAAGUAAUACCACUUUAUCAGCAAACAUCUAAUCAAAACUUUAUGAGACCGCUACCUGCAACCAAUUUGGCGUCUGGAAUUUUACAGUCUCAACCUCUCGGUUCCAUAAUUCCAAGUGUAAAUUUCAACCAAGUACCCCAAUCAGAUUACAUAAAUCAACAGCUAUUAUUACAAAGACAACUUGAAGAAAAGCAAAGAAUUCUCGAGGAACAAUUACGAUUCUUACAACAGCAACAAAGACAACAAGAAGAAUUUUUAAGGAAACAACAAUUUCUUUUACAACAAAAGGAAGCCCAGCGGCAGCAAAUUUUCUUGAAUUCUCAGAAGUUCCAGGCACAGAGUUCUGUUAAUAAUUUUCAAGUCCAGAAAAAUAUUCCUCAGAACCAAUUUGUAAAUGCACCAAUAAGAUCUAACGGUCAGGUAACUAUUCAACCCAGUGUGCCUCUAGAAGCGACUAACACAGUUACAAACCAACAGUUACCAAAUCGUGAAGCAGUUGAUUUUCUCAUACAUCUGCACAGCCAACAGCCUGAUCAGUUUCCAUUACAGGAAAACCAUUUGCCUCAAGGAAUCAGCAACUUUCUACAUCCCAACUCAGGUCAAAACUUUCACCAAGGACUAAAUUUAAAUCAAGUCAGAACCGACCAAUUUGGCCAGCAAAAACAAAAUCAUCGUGUGUUCAGGCAAGACAGUGGUGUCGGUAAUUUUGGUUUGAAUAAUCAAAAUUAUAAUUCGUUUAACCAUUUCAAUCCAAUUCAUUCAAAUCGUUUCUAUCCUAUAAAUGGCCAUGUAAACUAUAAUAAUGCCGACGCUGAAUUGAAACAAUUACUAGUUCAAAAUGGUUUAAACGGCAGAAACCAAGAAGAUUUAAACAUUGUAUCAAAAGUAUUGUCAUUGAAUCAUGGUGUGGCAGUUACCAACCAUAUUUCUAAUAGGUUUCCCUUCGACAGUCGGAGGCAUGUAAGGCCGCUUAUUUAAUCACGAAUUGUUUCAAAACUUUAAAAUAACUAGUUAAAACAAAGGAAAAUUUUGAGUUCAAAAUUAUUGUAUUACCGAUAAGGCAGCAUUAUUUUGAGAAUUUACAAAUAUCUAAUCAAUUGGCGUUAGAAUUUAUUAGAUUCUAAACCUCAAAGCUACUAUUAAAACCAUUUUGGACCAUUAAAAAAAUUCAUAUUAAGACAAAAUAACCAAAGAAGCACAGAAACAUAAAGUAUUUUAAAAAUAACAGAAUGCCGUUUUACCAGUCCCCUUACGCUGUUUUAUUAUAGUUUAAGUUAAUUAUUUAUUUUACUGUAUAAUGUGUUAUUUGAACUGCCAUAAGUAGUAUAAUUAAGAAAAUGAUGUCAGUAAUGGUGCAGCUUUAUAAGUAUACCUAUGUGCUGUUAAUAUUGUCGUAAAAUAGGAUAACUGUUUAAGACGCAUUCAGAAUAACUGCAUAUAAUUAAUCGAUCCGAUGCUUAAUAAUUAGACGUACUAAAUAUCAAGAAUGUACCUACCUUACCAGAUCGUAGUAGAUAACCUAAAACAAAAUAGAAUGUUAUAAGUAUGUACCUACUAAAUAAUACAGAAUUAUCAUAUCACAACCAAACAAUGAACAAUUUCAGAAACUAUGGAGGAGGUACCUACCUAAUCAAUAAUUUAUGUGGUAAACGAAUGCACUUUUUAGU